ACCAUCAAUCCUCCCUAUCCCUUCCGUCAACCUAGCAUAAGCCCACCGGAGAUGCUUCAAAUCUACAAGGACCUGGACCUCGCCAUCCCUGAGGAUGUCGAGGUCACGAUCAACUCGCGCGAGAUCCACGUCAAGGGCCCUCGCGGAGAGCUGCACAAGAACCUCAAGCACAUGAACAUGGACAUGCGCGUGAUCAAGUCGCCCAAGGGCAACAAGGUCAAGUUUGCCAUCUGGCACGGAGGUCGCAAGCACGUCGCUCAGCUCCGGACUGCCAAGGCUGCCGUUAGCAACAUGAUCAAGGGCCUGACCAUUGGAUGGCAGUACAAGAUGAGGGCCGUUUACGCCCAUUUUCCCAUCAACGUCAUCAUUGCUGGUGACGGGCGAUCGGCUGAGAUCAGGAACAUGCUGGGAUGCAAGCAGGUGUUCAAGGUGGCCAUGAGGAACGGAGUGACGAUCAAGGAGGACACGACGGCCAAGGACACUGUCCUCGUCGAGGGCUCAGACAUUGACGAGGUCUCGCAGUCGGCUGCCGACCUGCACGGCGCGUGCCUGCCCGCCAUCCGCCGAUUCGAUAUCCGCAAGUUCCUCGACGGAAUCUACUGCCAGGAGAAGUCGUCGAUCAUCAAGACCGAGGUCUAAUUUGCUCCUCUCUCAUGCAUUUUCUCUCCUCUUGCGCGCGUACACACACACCACCACACUACAUGUUCAUUAGCACUCCUUUUUCCUUGUAUGAUGACGGUACGAGGUUGAAGCCAAAAUUACAACCAGGUUCCAGGGCCGUGAUCUCGACACUUU